GCAUUAAAACAGGUGGAGAAGAAAAGGUAGGCGGAGUAAAAAGAGGGUUAAGCUAGGUGAGGGAUCGGUUUGCUCCCCACAUCUCGCCACACUCUCCUCAUACAAGCAGCAAACGAUACAGCUGAUGCACCUUUAAGUUUUUAGACAUGUUUGCUAAGUUGAAGGGCCUCUUCAGUGGCCCACAGGUGCCAGAGGGCUCUGGGACCAGUAGUAAAGCCCCUGAUCCAGCUCCAGCUCCAACUCCAGCACCACCUCCACCUCCAGCCAAGGAGGAGAAGCCGGCUGAGAAGGAGAAUGAAGACAAGCAAGUGGACAAACCACAGGAAUCAGCUCCAUCACCUGCACCUGCACCUGCCCCAGAACCAGCACCAGCACCAUCAGCAGCUCCGGCCCCGGCACCAACCCCGGCUCCAGCCCCAGCCCCAACCCCUGCUCCGGCCUCGGCCCCAGCCCCAACCCCGGCUCCGGCUGCAGUUCCUACAGCAGCUCCAUCAAACCCUGAUCAAGCUGGAGCUGAGAGACCGGAGGGAGACCCUCCACCACCUCCCCCCAUAGUCAUCAACAAGUACUCAGAUGAGCACCUCAGAGCCAUAAUCAAACAGAUGAGAGAAAGAAAGCAAAUCUUCAAGGAGAAAGUGAUUGAUCAGUAUGCUUCAUCCCCUGAGAUAACCCCUCCUGUCACGCCGCUGCUACGCAAAGACGACUACAACAGACUCAUAGAGGAAAGGAAAAGGCAGGCGGAGGAGGCGCGGAUAAAGAAGGAAGAGGCUGACAAGAAGAAAAAAGAGGAGCAGGAAAAGAAAAAAAAGGAGGAUGAGCAAAAGAAAGCAGAGCAAAAGGCAACAGAGGCCAAGCAGCAGGAGGAGAAGAAGAGUAUAAAAACCAGGUUAUCCGAGGCUUUGUGGUCAGCGGUGGACAUCAUGUUGAAGCCAUUGGAGGACCGGAUGGACUCGGUGUUGGGGCAAACCAUAGACCCUUUCACAGAUCGUCGCUACAUUGCGUGGCUAAGCUUGGUGACCGUGGCCUUUAACUACAACACCUGGUUCAUCACGGCCCGCCUGUGCUUCCCGUACCACACUGAGACUUCCAUCCCUUACUGGUUCACCCUGGAUGUGUUGGCUGAUAUCAUCUACCUGGCAGACUCCAUAAUUUUCCAGUCCCGCAAACAGUUUGUCAAAGGAGGAGACAUUGUUAAAGACAGAGCGAUGACUAAGAAGUACUACAGAGAUUCAGAGAGAUUCCUGGCUGAUGUGGUGUCCAUCUUGCCGUUUGACUUGUUGUACAUCCAGUUUGGAUUCAGUUCUGCUUGCAGACUCAAUCGUCUAGUGAAGAUAGAUACAUUUUUUGAGUUCAGUGAUCGUCUGGAAAGCAUCAUGGCCAAGGCUUACAUCUGGAGAGUGAUUCGCACCAUUGGUUAUCUGCUCUUCAUGCUCCACCUUAAUGCCUGCUUCUACUAUGUGGCCUCAGAAUAUCAGGGCAUUGGUAAAACCAAAUGGGUCUACUCCGGCUUAGGCAGCGCGUACCUGCGAUGUUACUAUUUUGCCGUCCGCAGUCUGAUCAACAUCGGCGGUCUUAAUGAACCCGAAACCGUCUUUGAGAUUACCUUUCAGUUGUCAAACUUUUUCUUGGGCGUCUUUGUGUUCUCCAGUUUGAUUGGACAGAUGAGAGAUGUCAUUGGUGCAGCUACAGCAGGACAGACUUACUUCCGUUCCUCCAUGGACAACACUGUGGCCUACAUGGUGACCAACAACAUCCCAUAUAUGGUGCAGAACAGAGUCCGCACUUGGUACACCUACACCUGGGAUGCUCAGGGCAUGCUGGAUGAGUCCGAGCUGCUGGAUAAGAUGCCUCUGGUGAUGAGAACAGCCAUUGCUGUGGACAUCAACCUGGCGACCUUCCAGAAGAUCGAUCUGUUCAAGGGCUGUGACCAGCAGAUGUUAGUGGACAUGUUGCUGAGGCUCAAGUCAAUCAUUUAUCUACCCGGAGACUUUGUUGUGAAGAAGGGUGAUAUCGGUAAAGAGAUGUACAUCAUCAAAGGUGGAGCGGUGCAGGUGGUGGGAGGACCCGACAACAGCAUUGUGUUUGUGACACUGAAAGCUGGUUGUGUGUUUGGUGAAAUCAGUCUCUUGCAGUCUUCCAAAGAUGGAGGGAACAGGCGGACCGCUAAUGUCAAAGCAUACGGCUUCGCUAACCUCUUUGUCCUGGAGAAGAAAGACCUGUUUGACAUUCUGGUUCACUACCCCGAGUCUCAGAAAGUGCUGGCCAGGAAGGGCAGGAAAUUGAUGAAGGCCAAGGGGCCAGCAGCAGCAAAGGUUGAAGAGGAGAAGAAAAAAGGACUGGCACUGUUUGGACACAAACCACCCACGCCCAAACUGCUGCGCGCUUUCGGAGGGACCCUUAACAGAAAAAUUAUUCACAAAGUGAAGACUGCCAGUGCUGAGCAAUAAGGAGCAUGGAGAGCAAUUUAUAUAUAAAUAUAUAAAAACUCCUUUUUUUGGAGUAAAUGUACAGUUUUAUUUGCAGCCAAGAAAAUGUUUCUCUCAUGGAAAUAUACUAAUUUCACUUGAAAACACAUUUCAAACAAUACCUUUAUUGCUCUGUGCGAUGAAGUCAUCCUGGCCACUGAUAGGCCGAGACUGUCUAUGAACCCCAACUACUGCCCCUAGUGGACACUGCUGUGUAUAUACUUCAUUUGUAUCAUUUUUUUUUUUUUUACAAUAUAAUCAUAUAUAUAUAUGGAAGCUUGUUUCCAACACCAAAAAGAAAAAAGCAUUCCCAUUCAUAAUUCAAAAUUUCAAGUAUCUCAAUAUUUCGAAAAAAAUAACUCAAAAUUUCGAGUUAGCUCUGCCGAUCACGAAUCUCCAUGAAAGUACGUCAUUUCCUUGUUGCCCUGAAGUAAGAGGCUGAAGGUAUCAGCUGUUCAACAUGAAACCCUUGAUUCCAUACCUUUCAUGCAGGUCAAAAACAUAAUGACAAUUUCUUUACGUUUGCCGUACACUGCUAGCUAACUGAGUGCGCGUGCGUUGGCGUCAUCUGUUUCCAGGUAACAAUGUAAUGAGCUCUUUCACGGAGCUUCGUGAUUCGCAGUUAACUCAAAAAUUCGACUCAUUAAUGUAAAAUUUUGACUUAUUUUCUCGAAAUUUUGAGUUAUGGAUAGCAAAAAAAUUUAUUUAUUUUUUUUCAGUGGCAGAAACAAGCUUCCAUACUUAUAAGCUCAUUUUGUUAUUUUUUUUCCACUGUUCAGUGUGUGUGGAAGCCUACCAGAGAUUAUCAGUCAAUGUGAAAUAUUGUGAAAAUUAUUUAUAAAGCACCUUGUGACAGGUUAUAUUAUUUGACUGGUUUUGUCUCUGUCUAUAUAUGCUUUAAUAAAUAAAUAAGUAGGUUUUAACUGCAAUCAGCUUAUGCUUCUGUAGUGCUCUGUUGGCUUUGUGUUUGUGAGUGAGAGCUGCAGUUCAGAUCCAGAUUAAUCCU